CUCGACACACCCGCAGCCUCCUCCUAGUUAGCUCCAUGGUCAAGACCACUGUUCACGGCGGCACGGGCUGCACGGAGCCAUGCCCUGGGCGUCAUCCGCACACACAGCGACACACAGUAGCCACUCCAGCGUCACGGCUUAGAGGUGGCGGUUGUUGCGCCACCCUUCGGUUUAGAAGACCUGGAACACGCGAGCGGGUUUUCAGCGAGCGUCUCCGCUUCUGCGCACUGAGCACUUCCGCUCAUCAGCAGUUUCUGCGUGUGGACCAGGACAAGGACAAGGACUGCCAGCUCGCGUGCUCGGGCUCCUCGCAGAAGCCGCUGUGCGCCUCCGACGGCAGGACCUUCCUGUCCCGCUGCGAGUUCCAGCGCGCCAAGUGCAAGGACCCCCAGCUGGAGAUCGCCCACCGGGGCAACUGCAGAGACGUGUCCCGGUGCGUGGCCGAGAGGAAGUACACCCAGGAGCAGGCCCGGAGGGAGCUGCUGCAAGUGUUCAUUCCCGAGUGCAACGAGGACGGCACCUACAGCCAGGUGCAGUGUCACAGCUACACGGGAUACUGCUGGUGCGUCACGCCCAACGGGAGGCCCGUCAGCGGCACGGCCGUGGCCCACAAGACGCCGCGGUGCCCCGGUUCCGUAAAUGAAAAGCUACCCCAACGGGAAGGCACAGGAAAAACAGAUGAUGCCUCAGCUCCGGCGCUGGAGACGCAGCCUCAAGGAGAUGAAGAAGAUAUUGCGUCACGUUACCCCACGCUCUGGACUGAACAAGUGAAAAGUCGGCAGAACAAAACCAGUAAGAAUUCAGUGUCCUCCUGUGACCAGGAGCAGCAGUCGGCCCUGGAAGAGGCCAGGCAGCCCAAGAACGAGAACGUGGUGAUCCCCGAGUGCGCCCACGGCGGGCUCUACAAGCCGGUCCAGUGCCACCCGUCCACCGGCUACUGCUGGUGCGUCCUGGUGGACACGGGACGCCCCAUCCCCGGCACGUCCACCAGUGUGGCCGAGAGACGUUCAGGGGAGGGACCCGCCCAGGCGUGGCCCCGUGGCGGACAGACAGUCACCGCGCACCCCACCCACACCUGGGCCCCGUCGGGGACAAGCAGGGACUCUUGCUUUGGGAGUCGGAAGGACACAGUGGGAUUCCAGCCGGUCGUGGUGGCCACACGCCUUCUGUGCCCGCCCGGAGCCGGCCCCAGCCCGGGUCUGCAGGCCGGCGAGUGCAGCUCGGCCCACACGGCCACAGGAGCGUGUCCUGCACGGAUUGAGCAGAACAUGCGUCUCUUUACGGUGUUGCAAGAUAAUGACGACGCAGGGACGCUGGGGCGGGCUGCUCUGAGGACGGUCGAGGAGGGCAGGCGCAUGGUGACUAGCACUGAGGGCCCCCAGGCCCCUCUCCCUGACGGUCUGGUGCGGGGCCAGGCCGACACUGGUCCCCCGAGGGCCUUCCUGGACGGCUCCUGGGGAGCGACUGGGAGCAGCGACAGGGGAGACCCAGGCCGUGCACGUCGCCGGGGGCGCGCGGGGGCUGCACGCAGAUGGCGGCAGAACGCGGCAGAGUCACGGGAGUCGCCGCUGCCUGACCCCGGUUGUCCUGGUGCCAAAAAGAAUGAGUUUCUGACGAGCAUUCUGGACGCGCUGUCCACGGACAUGGUGCACGCCGCGUCCAACCCCGCCUCCGGCAGGCUCUCGGAACCCGACCCCAGCCACACGCUGGAGGAGAGGGUGGUGCACUGGUACUUCCGGCUGCUGGACAGGAACUCCAGCGGGGACAUCGGCAAAAAGGAGAUCAAGCCCUUCAAGAGGUUCCUUCGGAAAAAGUCAAAGCCCAAGAAGUGCGUGAAGAGGUUUGUGGAGUACUGCGACGUGAAUAACGACAAGUCCAUCUCGGCGCCGGAGCUGAUGGGCUGCCUGGGGGUCACGGAGGACGAGGGCAGAGCCGGCGCGCGGAAGCACCCCGCCCCUGGAGGGAGCGCUGGAAAUCCUCCUAACAGACAGCCACGGAAGCAAGGGUAGCGGCUGUGCCCUCCGAGGCGGUUCCGGACGUGUGGGAGGCUCCCUCACCAAGACGCAAUUAAAAACAAAAACGGAAACACAUAGUAUUUGCACUUUGUACUUUAAAUGUAAAUUCACUCUGUAGAAAGGAGAUAUUUAAGCAGACUGCUUUGAUCUGUGAAAUGGAAGGGCAGGCUUCAGAAAACUAAUCACAUACAAUGUAUGUGCCCUCUGUUGACCUUGGAAACCUGUACUUGGUAGAGAUGUCUUUUGAGUGGCCUUAAGCUUAAUUUCUUUAUCCUGCACCUGUUGACUUAGUAGAGCUGUUAGUGGCCCCAACCCCCUGCCUUCCCCCCUGCGCGGGCCGCCGCCCCCCGCCAAGCCCCGCCGGCUUCCUCUGGGUCCGCGUCGGAAGCUUCCGAGGAAGUGCGCGGUCCUCUGCCGUCCUCCCCUGCCGCGCACGAGCGCGUGGGCUCCCUCGUCCCGGGGUUCGGUGUGGGUUGUUGUGCGGUGCUCUCCCCGUGCGCUCUGUGGCCGCCGCAGCCACGCGCUCGGCCCCGUGGCCACCGAAGGAAAGGCCACUUCCAGCCUGUCUCUGACAGGCUGCUUUUCCUUCUGGAGCGUUCUCGGGCUCAGAUUAACCUCACAGGGAAGUGCUGGAGCCUCCCCCUGCCGUCCGGAGGCAGCGAGAAGCCCAGCGCUCAGAGACGCGGGCUUGGUCCUGGCGUGCCCGCUGGCGCCGGCCUGCCCCGCCGCUGCCCACUGCAGGCUGGUCCUCCCUGGGCCCUCCUGGGGGCUGAGACAGCCGCCUGAACAAAUUGGGGGCGCCCUCUGCAGAGACGGCUCAGCCGGCAUUCGCAGAAGCCGGGACGCUGGUCCUGGCAGGUCCCUGCCUCCGCCGCAUUUUGUUCUGAUGCGUCAGGGGCACAAGGAUGUGCCCAUAGGAGAUCCACCCCAGUGGCCCUUGUGAGAGCAGGUCAGGAGAGGGACGCCCACGCUGAGCCGCGGAGCCGGCCGGGUGCAACGGCGGGCACCCAGAGCUGGGCCCCGACGCCGGCGCGCGCCCGCUGGCUGGACAGGGCUGCGUGGAGGCCGGUCCGAGGGCCGUGGGUGCCAGCUUGUGAGCUGUUUCAGCUCCAGCUUUUGGUUGGAAAAAUAAUCUUCAUGGCCCCAAAUCCCCAGCGCAUGCCAUGUAAACUGAUCUCCGUGCCUGUGCAUGAAGAUAUUUUAUGAGGCUUCUUACUUAUUUAAACUAUAUGAAAGUAAAACCCCAAACUUUGGAGCCACAAAACCAGCUUUGGUGUCUGUCACGCUGUUUAAGAAAUAGUUAUGAUCCUAAAUUGAUGGGAUAAUCUUUUAUAUUUCUGAACUUUGGAUUUAAUCAUUUUUCUUAGAUUCAAAUAAAGUAUGCUUUCAGAA